AUGUCAUCGGCGAAGAACCUCGUCGAAUUUCCCGACGUGGAGGCGAAGCUCCAGAAACCGUCCAAGCAAUCCGCUUUCGAGAAACAGAGAGCUGAGGCAGAAGCGAAAAAGGCCCGCGAGGCUGCCGAGACUGCCGCAGUAUACCAGGACUUUGUCAAGAGCUUUGAUCAUGACGAUGACGAUGACACGACCACCGGCCGAUUUGGCUCGAUGCCUUCACAAAGACCUCCGCCCAAGGCCGCUGGGUUUGGCGGCGCUCCGUUGGGCGCACCUGCGCCAUCCAAGCGGCACUUUGGCGCAUCCAAUCCCAAGAGCGGCCCAGGUAGUCUAGGUCCUAAUUCAAGCUUCAAGAGCGGCCCGGGAAGCUUGGGGCCCCCGCCAGGGUCGCUGGGGAGGAAGAGAGGCUUCGACGCGCACCGACAAGAGAGGGACAGAGAUGGUAGACUUGGGUUCGAUCAAAGGGAAGAACCGAUGUCGGUCGCCAAGGUCUUCCACGACAGUGACGAUGAGGACGAAGGCAAAACAGACUCCAGAGCCGAGGAAAUUGCAGUGGCCAGGCCUACGUUGCGUCUUUCUCAAUUGCCGCCUGGAACAUCUCCUGCCUUUAUCAAGUCAAUGAUCCCGACAAGCCUAAAUGUCGAACACGUCAAGAUUUUACCACCUAUGGGACCUUCUGGUACAGAGAAGAAAUGCGCCGUGGCUAUUGUCACACUGUCGCCAGACACACCGGCAACAGAUAUUGACGCAGUCGUAAGCUUGCUACAAAAUCGAUAUCUCGGUUACGGCUGUAACUUGUCAUUACACCGGCAUCUGUCCUCAGCAGUGGCCACAACAACAACAACAUCGACACUGGGUGGCACAUCUGCCGGAUCGCAGCCUUUUGGUGCCAAACCUGUGUCGCAGCAGACAACGCCUGGUAAUGCGACAACGCAACAUGCCUUCCAUCGAGGAUUUGCACCGCCAACCUCGUACGGGCCGAAUAUUGGUGGACCAGUCAACCGGAGCAGUAUUCUUCAUGUGCCUGUGAAGCCUCCAAACGAUGUCAAGAUGGUGCAGCUCAUCAACAAGACCAUUGAGUCGGUCCUCGAGCACGGCGUGGAGCUGGAGGCUCUAUUGAUGAGUCGCCCUGAGGUACAGCGGGAGGAGAAGUGGUCUUGGAUCUGGGACGCUCGAAGCGAAGGAGGCAUCUGGUACCGAUGGCGGCUGUGGGAGAUCAUCACAGGAGCGUCUGCUUGGAGCAAUAAGGGACGAUAUCUGCCGCUUUUUGACGGCAGUCACGCCUGGAAAGCCCCAGAGAAAGGUCUACCGUUCGAGUUCGUCACCAAAAUUGACGAGUUCGUGUCCGACUCGGAGUAUAACUCCUCAGAUGACGAGGACUUUGACGGGGAGAACCGCGAGAAUCAGAACCAGGGGCCUGAAGCAGAGGCUACUUUCCUGAACCCCCUUGACAAAGCAAAGCUGACCCAUCUCUUAUCGCGCCUGCCCACCACUUUAUCCAAAAUUCGGAAAGGAGAUGUUGCCCGAGUGACAACAUUCGCUCUUACGCAUGCAAGCCGGGGUGCCAAGGAAGUCGUCGACAUGAUCGUCUCGAACGUCGAGAAGCCGUUUGCACUAACGGCAGCCAACCCAGAGUUGCGGUCGAAUGGCAAAGAGAAGGGUAGACAAAGAGAUUAUUCAGAGCCUCCUGGGCCAGGGCCUGAGCCGGAGGAGAAAGCUGAGAAAGAGGGUCCCGAAGCCAGCGGCGCAAGCCUUGUGGGCCUAUACGUUGUCAGCGACGUGCUGUCCGCCUCUUCUAGUAGCGGCAUCCAACGUGCUUGGCGUUAUCGACAAAUUUUCGAAGGAGCACUCAAAGAGCGCAAGGUUUUUGAGGGCUUGGGUUUAAUGGCAGAGAGGCUAAACUGGGGCAGGCUCAGAGCUGAGAAGUGGAAGCGAAGCAUUGGUCUAGUUCUGAGUCUUUGGGAAGGCUGGUGUGUCUUUCCGACGGAGAGUCAGGAGUUGUUCGCCAAAAGCUUCGAAAACCCGCCAUCAUCGAAGACACAGAAGCAGAUCGAAGAUGACGAGGCAAAGAAAAGCAGAUGGAAGGUGUUUGAUAAGACGUCGGCACCAGCCGCCGAAGUUGCCACAACGAGCACUCUUGACCAGAGAGUGUCAGAGCCAAUGGCCGACAAGGAGGAGGAGGAGGAGGAGGGGGAGGGGGAUGUCGAAGGCGAACCGAUGGAUGAGGAGGACAUUGCCGGCGAACCUAUGGAAGAAGACGAUGUCAUGGGUGAGCCAAUGAGCGAGGAGGAUGUGGAGGGUGAACUCAUGGCAGACGACGAUGUCGAGGGGGAGCCGAUGGAAGAGGACGCGACCGAAACGGCAAAGGAUCAGCCAUCAUUCGGCGAGGCCACCAGCAAGGCAGAAAGAGCGGCAGAGACCGCGGAGAUUGACGACACACACACUGUCGGACGUGUACAGCUAUCAACCCAGUCGAAGGGCCAGACCAGGAAACGAAUGCGAGCAGUGGACAUGUUUGCUGACUCUGGGGAUUCGGAUGAGGGUAACUAG